AUGGAUUUGAUAAAGGAUAAUUUGCCGACCUCGAUGUGGAAAGUCCGUGGACUCAUCGACAAGGCGACAAAUGUGGUCAUGAACUACACAGAAACUGAGGCUCAAGUCCGAGAAGCAACAAAUGACGAUCCUUGGGGACCAUCAGGAACACAAAUGGCGGAUCUAGCGAAAAUGACAUUUCAAUACGAAUAUUUCACAGAAAUCUGCGGCAGCGGCACUGGAAUGCUUUGGAAACGCAUGUUUCAAGAGGGGAAGAAAAACUGGCGAAGAGCGUACAAGUCCCUGUUGCUGUUGGACUAUCUUUUGAAAAAUGGAUCGGAACGAGUCGUCGGCGUUGCGAGGGAUCACCUCUAUGACAUGCGAGCGUUGGAGCACUACACUCACACGGAUGAGAAGGGAAAGGAUCAAGGAAUAAACGUGAGAAAUCGAGCCAAAGAUCUACUCGCCCUGAUCAAUGACGAUGAAGCGUUGAGAGAAGAGCGCAAAAAGGCGAAGAAAAAUAGAGACAAAUAUGUUGGCGUCGGGUCUGAUGGAGGCGGAUGGGGCGGACGAUCGAGCGCUUCUGGCGGCUGGGGAGGAAGUUCUAGCGGAGGAUGGGACGAUGAUAGAGGAGGGUCGGGCUACAAAGAUGUAGCGGAUGAUAAGGACGAUUACAAGGGUCAAGGCAACACUUGGGAUUGGGACGAAGGCGUCCGCGAGUGUCAUUCAGACAAUGACGAUCCUUCUGGCCGAGGCGGCGCCCCAACUCAGGUCAGUGGCGACGAAUCCGGCUGGGCUGACUUUGACAGUAUGCGAAACAGCCGUCCCAUUUCCAAUACGCCAUCUUCAACAAGCGCCCAACCCGCCGCUGCCCCGACCACUCCGCGAGUAACAUCACAAAAGAAGUCCUCACAGCCACGAAAAAUGGUUGAUCUUGGAGCUGCGUUGAAUUACACGGCUUCUGCUGCUCCUAGCUCCCAGCCACUUUCCUCAAGUAACGACCUCUUCUCCGUCUCUGAUUCUGCGCCGAUUUCCGAGAAUCGCUCCGUGGAUCUUUUUGGAAACGCAUUCGCAUCUCAACCAGCAGCUCAACCGGUCGCAGCAGCAGUUCCUCCUCAAAAUGAUGGUGGUUCUUUCUGGGGCGAAGCUACUCCCUCUCCUGCGCAGCCAACUCCUCAACAACCCGAUUUAUUCGCUUCUGCCCCUGUCAGUGCUGCUCCAGCUCAGGCCCAGGCGCCCCAAGUUGACCUUUUUGCCUCUUUGAGCGGGUCAAAUCCAGUCCAAACUCCAGCAUCAAAUAAUUCUUCACAGCCUCCUCCCGGUGCAGGCUUUGAUCUUCUUGGCGGCUUGAAUCCAACCCCGAAUCCAGCUACAGCUGCUCCAGUGGCACAGCCAAAAGUCCCAGCGCAGCCGAAAGAAGUAGGGUCUACGUGGAAAUCUUCUGGAGUCAACAUCGAUCUAACUUCGCUUGGGAAACCCGCUCAACAAAAGCAAAAAAUCUCCAUGAAUCAAAUGUCGACUUCAAGCUCCACCAACUCCAUGAACAUGGCAUCUCCAAUGAAUAACAUGAGCAUGGGAGGUUUCCCAACAAUGUCCCCAAUGGGUGGCAUGAAUCCAAUGAUGGGGCAGCCAAAUGGUAUGAUGGGCCAAGCACAGUUUGGCGGAAUGGCGAACCAGCAGAUUACCCAACAGCAACAAAUGGGCCAAAUGGGUGGUGCGCCCAAUUUUGCCCAAUUUCAACAGCAGCCGAAUCCAAACAUGAACAUGAACUCGAACCAAAUGCAAAAUCCAAUGAUGGGCCAAAUGCAGAACCAGUUCGCCGGCAUGGGCUUGCAGAAUCAGCAACAAAACCAACAACCACAGAAAAAGACCUCUUUAGACAAUCUUGGAAGCUUACUGUAA